AAGUAACGAAUAUUAAUGUUUCUUAUUUUUUCUGAAAAUUCAGUUCACGUUAUUAAUUUUUAUUCAUUAUUCAUUUUAUAUUCGUUCAUACUGUUAAAGAUAACCAAGCAUAACCUUUUAAUUAGGAUUAAAGAAAUAGGUUAGGAUUAAAAAGAUUAUUGGAAUAGAUAUGAGAAGAACUAAAAAUCUAUCAGGAGUAAUUAUUUUAGAGCAACGGUGGUCCACAAAAGUGAGACAAGGUUCUGUUACCAGAUGGAAAUUCAGGUCUGAUAGAGUAAAAAUGGCACACGGUGGAAAGUUCACGCGUCUAAAGCGAGAGUACGCACGUGAGAGAACUCCUGACACGUUAAAAAUAAUGCGUUACGUGCUGCUAAUUCGAAUGUUCCAAGAAGUAAGAUCUAUCUUACGUAUGAAUUUCAACAACGUAGAACAACGAGCUGCUUUUUACCAGACUGCUACCAUGCUACGUUUUUUGGCAGUGUGAUCGCAUUGGAUCGAUCUUGAAAAAAAAAACUUGAAA